CAGGGAGGAUGCGCUGUCUGCCGCUUACCUGGCUUUAUUAAAAAUUAAACAAAAUCAAGCUGUUCACGUGGUCAGCCCAGCCCAGCACAAUAUUCUGCCAUAUUAGCAAGGUCUUUCGAGCGGGGGGAGUUUUUUCCCCUCCUCUCAUCCGACACGGUAGGGAUGCUGCUGCUGUGAGGGAGAGAGGUGAGCGCAGUUGGAAAAGCGUGUUUUUUUUUUCUCUCUCUCUCUACCAAAGCUCCUCCUCUGUCGUCGGAGAGCACAAACCAGUCACAUUUUUUGCUGAAUGAGAGCAAGAGGGCACGGGAGAGGAUUUCCUAAUUUCAACCUGCUGCUGUGCCGUGCGGCUGUUUCCUCGCCUCUGUUAAAGCAGAGGCUAAUAUGAAGACAUCAUUUGGCAAACCAGACCCUGGAAAGCACCUGCAAUCUUUUCCCAUCGUUUGAAACUGAAGACAACAUCAUGUGUUGUCUCCGGUAAAAGCCGCCCAGACAUUGAGAGUGAGGACCCCACACGCUGCUCAGACAUGGGUUCAGAUCAACCCGGCAUGCAUUCACUAGAGAGAAGGCCGGCUUCUGACGCCGCCUGCAAGCGGCAGGCCUACCGGUGUCUGCGGAAGAAGCUGAGGCCAGUGCGGAUCAUAGGGUUCGUCCUCAGCCUGGUGGCCCUAAGUGCUGUCUCCUUCAGUGCCUUGACUUGGAGCUCAGGGGGGGUCAGUGAGCCAGUACUCCCCCAGGAGUCAGCCCCCCACAGGACUCUUCUUUCCACCCAACACCAGAAGGAUGCCAAUGACUCAGCCGACAUGCCACUAGCCAUGAAAUCUACAGCAGAGGGCAACGAAAGUAGUGGGGAUUACCCGCCAGACCUUUUCACCCUUAAGGAGAGGCGCCAAGGAGCAGUGGUCCUCCACAUGUUCGGCAUGAUCUACAUGUUCAUCGCCUUAGCCAUAGUGUGCGACGAGUUCUUCGUUCCUGCGCUGACGGUCAUCACUGAGAAGCUGACCAUUUCCGAUGACGUAGCGGGCGCCACUUUCAUGGCGGCUGGCGGCUCAGCACCAGAGCUCUUCACCUCCAUUAUUGGAGUCUUCAUUUCACACAGCAACGUGGGCAUUGGGACCAUUGUGGGCUCGGCCGUCUUCAACAUCCUCUUUGUGAUUGGGAUGUGCGCCAUCUUCUCCAAGGAGAUCCUCAACCUGACAUGGUGGCCACUGUUCCGCGAUGUCUCCUUCUACAUCCUGGAUCUGAUAAUGCUCAUCAUCUUCUUCCUGGAUAACAUCAUCACCAUUUGGGAAAGUGUAGCGCUGCUGUCUGCCUACGCCGCCUAUGUGAUCUUCAUGAAGUGCAACAGCACAGUGGAGAGAUUUGUCAAAGGUUGCAUGCACAAGAACCAAGUGGUAGAAGUAGAGGUUCAGCCCAAGACAAUUCCUGUGACGCCAGAGGAUGAAAGCAAGUUGUCGGCCCGGCCUCGGCUUCAGAGGGGAGGGAGCUCCGCCUCCCUGCACAACAGCCUGAUGAGGAACAGCAUCUUCCAGCUCAUGAUCCACACGCUGGACCCUUUAAGUGAAGAAUUUGCUGACUCUGAGCUUGGGACUUAUGGGAAACUAAAAUAUUAUCACUCAAUGACUGAGGAAGGUAAAUUUCGAGAGAAGGCAUCCAUCCUUCACAAGAUCGCUAAAAAGAAAUGCCAAGUGGAGGACAGUGAGAAGGCCAACGGAGUGGCAAGCCGCUCUGAUAAAAACCUCCCCAACAGCUCCAGUGUGGAAGUGGAAGUGACACCACCCAUGAACGGCACAGCUGGUCAAGAAGGUCAAGAAACGGCUGAGGAUGAGGAGGAGGAUGAUCAGCCUCUGAGCCUGUCCUGGCCCGAGUCCAAACAUAAGCGCCUCACGUACCUCCUCAUCAUUCCCAUCGUCCUCCCCCUGUGGCUAACGCUGCCCGACGUCAGGAAGCCGACUGCCAAAAAGUUCUUUCCCGUCACCUUCAUUGGUGCUAUCUGCUGGAUUGCAGGCUUCUCCUAUUUAAUGGUGUGGUGGGCUCACCAGGUUGGAGAGACCAUCGGGAUUACGGAGGAGAUUAUGGGCCUGACUAUAUUAGCAGCUGGAACGUCCAUCCCUGACCUCAUCACCAGUGUUAUCGUGGCACGCAAGGGGCUGGGGGAUAUGGCUGUCUCCAGCUCUGUCGGCUCCAAUAUCUUCGACAUUACAGUGGGACUGCCGUUCCCCUGGCUCUUGUGGUCCUUUAUCAACGGCAUGUCUCCGGUGAAAGUCAGCUCCAACGGCCUCUUCUGUGCCAUUGUGCUCCUCUUCAUCAUGCUCCUCUUCGUCAUCAUCUCCAUCGCCGCCUGCAAGUGGCGCAUGAGCAAGCUGCUGGGCUUCAUCAUGUUCAUGCUGUACUUCGUCUUCCUGGUGCUCAGCGUCAUGCUGGAGGACAAGGUCCUCACAUGUCCCGUGUCCAUCUGAGGAACCGCUUCCUGUCCCCUCGUCACCGCCACAACCACCACCGACACCACCACCCUCCAUGUCUGCCAUCGCUCCCCCCCUGACCCGUGUGAUACUUUACUCCAGGAAUAAAAGAAGAAAAAGGAGGACAGGACAAGAAUAUAACAUAAAAAUAUAUUGAAAAGAGCAGGUGGUGGUGGGGGCGGGGUUGAAAACGGCACAAGACUUUGACUUGGCUGGUUUAGCAGAACCAAACAUGAGUGGAUUUUUAUUUUGUAUUAUUAUUUAAAUGGCAGGUGGGGGGGUUAUGGGUCUAUCAGCCAAAUAUAGAAGCAUUAUGCAUGCCAUUAGUGUCACUAGACGAGCUGAAAUCAAGGCCACGCCUGGUAUGUUGAGGAGAAUGACCUCCUGUGAACUUUGGGGGGGCGGGUGCUGUAUUAAACUCGUAAUAAUAAUCGCAGUGGCUGAGCUGACAUUGUGAGCACAUUUGACCACACAACAGACGCUGAUGCCAGGAGUGAAUAGGAGUUUGAGGAGACGGCAACCUGUGAGGUCAAACGUGGCGUGGAGCGGAAAGACUCAACAAGGAGGAAACUCUCUCACUGGGCAGACAGACUUUCUUAUUUCUUUCUGCAUUUUCAUCAUGCUCUCAGUCUGCGUUGAAGCUUCCCCUCUCCCCUGCCGGACGUCAUUCUUCACCACUGAAUGUCUCUUCAGAGGAUUCUUCUUUUUUAAAGUUUUGGAUUCAUUUUCAUGAAAUAUAUAGAAGUAGCACUAGAUGUACUGUAGCAGUAUUAGGUAAAGUAGAGCCAUCUCGACAAUCUGCUCCUCUCUUUGUUCUUUUGCCACUGAACACACGUUCUGAUUGUGCAGAACUUUUCAUGCUUCACACGCACCAACUUACAAAAAAAAAAAAAUCAAUUGAAGUUUAGCCUCCCAAAAUAUAUGCUAGCCUUCAAUAUCUUUCACUGGUUGAAAAAAAAAAGGCAUGA